AUGUUGGGUGGACACGGCCAGGAAACACGACCCGCUGCUGCAGGCCACGCGACUUCGUUCCGCGCCAGCCCCCCGAGCAGCGGCAGCAAUCCACCCGAACGCGACCGGCCCCGACAGCGCGCCCCUCCCUCGAGCAGCAACUCGCAGGACAGCUCGACAAACGACGGCGAUCUCAUCUUCACCCCUCCCGGAAGCGAGGGUGGCAUGAGCCCCGGGAACGGCAGCGGGCACGACUCGAGCCAGGAGUCACAACUCUUGCGGCUCUCGCAGAUUGCUGCAGCCCAGGCAAGGAUACCAGACACUAGUGCCAUGGAUGCCGAUGGAAAUGGGGCCUUGUCGAGGAAGAGAAUGGCAGACGGUCUUGUGAAACACACGCGCAAUCAGUCGAGCGUGUCGCCGGUCCGCGUGCCUGGCCAUUCUCGAAACACUAGCGCGCUGAGUAUCGCUUCAACUGCCAGCAGCCGUCUUGGAGAGGUUUCUGCCGAGCUCAAAGUACGCCUGUCAUACGCAAUGGUCAAAGUCAGCCACGGGUGGCAGUCUCACUCAAUUGACCAGGUAGAGACACUGGCUUCUCAGGCCGCAUCUCCUACCUCUAGCACGUCCACCGUACAGCUGAGAAACGGUUCCUCGGCUAGCCCCCAACUGUCCAAUGUCUCGCAUAGGGGCAGCAACAGCACAACCCCUGCGACAGGGUCGCAGCACCAGUUCCCCAGCCGCACAGCCGAUUCUCUCUGGCGAGAGUCUCCGCUCUCCGGCUCCCGUGGAAGUUCAACUUCGCCCGUCAAGCCCACCCAUACGCUCGCGCCUCCUGUGUCGAUCCAGCCAUCUCGACACCUUAGCAACCCCCGCAGAAACUCGAAUCCGAGGCAGCCGCCUGCUUAUCUCUCAAGCUCACACCAGUCUUCACCAAACACUGGGCCUCACACACCAGGCCAGCCCAGUCCAUAUCUCGGAAUCCACUUCCAAAGAACGCCCAGCGCUGAUCCCAUGUUGUUUUCUCCCAACCAGAGCGUAAGAGAGCAAGAUGCGGUCGAGUCUCUUCUUUUCAUGAGCAGCCCAGGAAACUCGGCAAAUCUCAAGCACGCGUUUCCUUCUCAAACAAUGCCGUCAAGUCAACCCGGAACAUUGCGGACAGCUCUUCCUACCGGGCCCCGGAAAAGCCUACCGAGUGGGAGACCAACGAACCAUGUUCGUUCCCAGUCUCACACACAGAAGCGCGUUGGGUUUGAGAAAUCCCCUCGCGAGAUGGAGAUUGACGAGCCUUUUGGGACGCCCAAUUCCCGGGCCACGCCAAGGCGUAAGAUUAAUGGGGGAUUUGCCAAUGGCCAUAUCGAAGCGACCGCAUCCCGGCUCAAGCAAAUUCCUGUCUCUUCUGGCCUCACUGUGCCAUUCAAACCGCGUCCUGCUCUGCGAGACGAGGACAUAGAUCGGAUGCUCGACCGUGCCGCUGCUGAGGACUCGGACUCGGAAGGAGAAAUUCGCAUUCCGAUAGGAAGGGCGCGCCGGGAAGGCGCUAAUGUCAUCGGCGCCUAG